AGCAUCUUCCACCAUGAAGCUCUUGGUUCUCUCGGCACUCGUGGUCGCAACUUACGCGGCACCUCAGGGCUACAAUUUAGCCUCGCCAUCGGGAGGUGGAUUCUCCCAUGGUGGAGGUCACUCAUCUGGAAGUGGCAUUUCUAGCGGAGUUUCCGGUGGAGGAUUCUCAAGUGGCGGUGGAAUCUCUGGUGGAGGAUUCUCCAGUGGCGGUGGAAUCUCUGGUGGAGGAUUCUCCAGUGGCGGUGGAAUCUCUGGUGGAGGAUUCUCCAGUGGGGGUGGAAUCUCUGGUGGAGGAUUCUCCGGUGGAAUCUCCGGUGGAGAUUCUCCAGUGGGGUGGAAUCUCUGGUGGAGGAUUCUCAAGUGGCGGUGGGAUCUCUGGCGGAGGAUUCUCCGGUGGAAGCAGCGAAAUGUGUUUGUGUAUGAUGCUCCUGAACAAUCUCAGCAGCCAAGCGGUCCACCACCAAGUGUCCCACCACCAAGAGUUGACCAUAACGUUCUGUUCGUGCGUCUUCCUGAAGGAGGAGCAGGACCUGAACCCAUCAUUGUUCCUCCACCAAGGCAAGAGAACAUCGUGUAUGUCCUGAACAAGAACGACGGAGCAGGAGGCCAGCGAGUAAUCGAGGUUACUGCUCCUCCAGCUACCAAUCCCGAGGUGUACUUUGUCAACUACGAAGAGGGAGAGAACCCAACUCUUCCUAUUGGUGUGGAUCUUGAGACUGCUCUCAACGCUGCCGCUAGUGCUGGCGGUCAAGUGAUCGGAGGCGGCGGAGGAGCAGGUGGCUUUGGAGGCGAUGGAGGAUUUGGCGGAGUGAAUGAGUGUGCGAGUCGAAGUGUGAACGGAACCUCGUGUAAGAGUGACAUAUUUGGGUCAGCAUUGCUGGCAGCUGUAUCGGCCUCCCCCCAGGGUUACAGCCUGCCAGCUCCCUCCGGCCCUGCUUUCUCUAGUGGUUCAUCCAGCGCCUCUGUCUUCGGCGGCGGUUCUGGGUUCUCCGGACACUCAGGCUUCAGCGGCGGCAGCGGCGGCACUGGAUUCGGCGGUGGUGUCGGAAUUUCGGUCGGUGGGGGAGGCCUUUCAAGCGGUGGGGCGGGAGGAUAUGGGGGUGGAGGAUGUCGGGAGGGUGAAGUCCUGAACGUCGACGGCACCUGCGCCUUCCCGGAAAUCACAAGGAACGUGUACGUUUACACCGCUCCGGAACAGCCACAGCCCGUGCUUCCGCCCCCCGUGCCCCCGCCUCGAGUGGAGCACAACGUGAUCUUCAUCCGCACCCCCGAGCAAGCGGACGCCCCCGACCCCAUCAUCCUUCCCCCACCGCGUCAGGAGAACAUCGUGUACGUCCUCAACAAGAACGAGCCGGGCGGCCAGAGAGUCAUUGAGGUACCAGCUCCUCCCGCUUCCAACCCCGAGGUCUACUUCGUAAACUACGAGGAAGGCGAAAACCCGACGCUUCCCGGCGGCUUUGACCUUCAAACGGCUUUGACCGCCGCUACGCAGGGCGGAGGACAAGUCAUCGGUGGAGGUGGCGGCGGAGGCAGCGGCUUCGGAGGUAGCGUUGGAGAGCAGCGGUUUGGUGGAGGCAUUGGAGGAGGCAGCGGCUUCGGAGGUGGUGUUGGAGGAGGCAGCGGUUUUGGUGGAGGCAUUGGAGGGGGAAGCGGCUUUGGAGGUAGCGUUGGAGGAGGUAGCGGUUUUGGUGGAGGCAUUGGAGGAGGAAGCGGUUUCGGAGGUGGUGUUGGAGGAGGAAGCGGUUUUGGAGGUGCAGGUGGAGGAGGCUCCAUCGGAAGCGACUUAGCAAGCAACAUUAUAGCGGGAGGCUUCAACGCUGGGGCUUCGAGCGGCGGCUUCGACGACUCAGGGGAGUUUGAGGGCGUUCCUCAGUACGACUCCUCCUUACCACCGGGCGUGGCAAGGGGCGUAACCAGCGGUUCGCAACCGGUUGUCGCUCCUCCCGCGCCAGCCAUUGUGUCAGCGCCAGCCAGUGUUUACUCCCUGCCUUAAACAAUUCUUUGUAAUUCAGUCUUACAUAACAGAAAAAAAACUAUUUUUUGUAUUUUUUUUUUUUUUACGAAUUUGUUUUUAUUUUCUACAACUGUUGCAUCCACUUUGGGAUUAAUGUCUAGUCAGCCACAAAAUCUGUUAUGUUAAAAUUUAUAUUUCAAAAUAUAUGUGUAUGUACAUA